ACUACCACCUGUCAUUUUCCUUCCCUCUUCAUCAACGUCUCGACGAAGCUGCCAGUGCUGCAGGUAGACCGGACCGAACAACUGCAGCUCGGGAGCGGCCAUUUCUCCGGGGGCGGGAGAGCUCUACCUCUUGCAGCGGUAGAACAAGAGCAGCCAGAGUGAACAGAAAUGGAUGCGGAUGGUAGCUCCAAGAGAAGUCGCCCAGUUCGUCGUGCUGUGAAGAAGCUCAAGUUCAAACCGAAGGUGCCUCCACAGAAGCCAAAGAAACUGAGUGCACAAAACACAUUUUUCUGUUUCAGGCCACAGCAAGAAGACCCUAAGCCAAUUGAUCAAGACUUGAUGAAGAUAUUGAGGACUCACCAAGUGGCUGCAAAAAGUUCACUAAAUAAAGAAGAUGAGCGCCCAAUGCAGAAUACCCCCUCGACACCACCUUCUGCAGAUGUUGUUAACAUGUCACCAACACAAUUCGGAUUGCAGAAACAAAAUCAAUUGCCACUCCAAAUUCCUAGAUCCUUCCCUGUUCCUGUUCAUUCAGGAAUGUUUUACAAAGAAGAUAGUGACGACGACGACAACGAUGAUGGUAGUGACAAUGUUGAGUUGCAUGAGACUCAGCCAAAUUCAAUUGAAUGUGAAGCUUUAACACGUCCAGCAGAGGAGCUUGAUUUGCUUCAGCAACAAGGUAGCAAAGAAAGAAUGUUCCUCUUCCAGCUCCCAAAAUCUCUUCCUUUGCCCAAAAGGACGUCCAGUACCAGUAUAGUUGAAAGACAAGGAAAGCCCACUGGCAAGGAGGUGAAGGAAGGAUGCAACCUGCAGCAGCUGCCUCAGGGUUAUUUGGGCAAAAUGCUGGUAUACAAGAGCGGCAAGAUCAAAAUGAAGUUAGGAGAUGUCAUGUUUGAUGUGAGCCCAGGAGCAGAAACUAGGAUGGCACAACAUGUAGUAGCUCAGAACACUCGAGACAAACAUUGUUGCUUACUUGGAGAGAUUGAGAAUCGGCAUGUUAUUGUGACUCCCGAUAUGGAUUCUUUGUUGAACGACAAGUAGAGAUUAGGUUGUAAUCUGUAGCAACUGUAGCAGCUUUGGCAUAUGUUGUGUGUAGACUUGUAGCUAGUUAGUUAGGCAGGGUUUGGCUGCCAUCUGUACCAAUUGUAUCAGCCUUGUCAAAUGGUGUAUAGGAUUUUAGUUGUGCAGUGGUGUACGUUUUACUGUGAUUGUACUACUAUGUUAGUUUUAGAAAUGCCCAGUUGAUAAAUGUUUGUAUGAAUUGACAUUUGACCUUAGUGGUACUGGAAGAAAAUAAAUCACAUUGUCCUA